GCUUGGGUCCUUUCCAUCGCACCUCAUGUCUCAGUCGCCGCAGUCGGCUCCAGUUUUCUGUGCGUAAGCGCACUUUAAAACACCUUCUAGCUUCUACAGAGAUGGACGCCGAAAAGACCCCGACUAUAGACACUGAAGCCAGCACGGAGGGUAAAGAUGGAGCAGAAGCAUUUACGAAGGUGAAGUCUAAAAAGAGCCAGAAACGUAAACAUGAGCAGGAGGCGGUGGACAUGGACGCGGAGGAGAGCGUGGCCGUCAAACGGCCGCAGUUUCCACCGAUCUCCGGAGACAAAUUACGGGGACCAGACGAUAUGCGUAAAAUCGCAGUCCCAGCUCACAGAUACACCCCACUGAAGGAGAACUGGCUAAAGAUCUUCACUCCCAUCGUAGAGAACCUACAUCUUCAAGUGCGGUUCAACCUCAAGACUAGGAAUGUGGAAAUCAAAACAUGCAAAGAAACGCAGGACAUCAGCGCCCUGACAAAAGCUGCAGAUUUUGUCAAAGCAUUCGUUCUAGGAUUCCAGGUUGAAGAUGCCAUGGCUCUCAUCAGAUUAGACGAGCUUUUCCUUGAAACCUUUGAUGUCACAGACGUAAAACCCUUGAAAGGGGACCACUUAUCCAGGGCCAUCGGAAGAAUAGCAGGGAAGGGAGGAAAAACCAAGUUCACCAUUGAGAAUGUGACAAAGACUCGCAUUGUUCUGGCAGAGACGAAGAUCCACAUUUUAGGUUCCUUUCAGAAUAUCAAGAUGGCCCGAACAGCGAUAUGUAACCUGAUUUUAGGAAGUCCACCUUCAAAGGUUUACGGGAACAUCAGGGUGGUGGCCAGCAGGACCGCGGAGAGGUUCUGAGCCUGGUCGGCCUCUCUCCUGCCUUUCUGGGUCCAUAACGACAUGGACUGAGAUAAUGGACUGAAACCCUCUGGCGUUUCCGAUCAGCUGGAGUCGGAUUUAUACGUUGUAGUUUAUGAUGAACACAGCGCCGCAAUGUGGAUAUCUGAGAGUUUGAGUUAUGUAAAUAAAUAUGAAAAACAA